GGCGGACCCGGGGGCGGGUUGGGGGCGGCCGCUGCCCUCGCCGAGGACGCGCAGCCCGGCGCGGCCGUACCUCCCCCGCGGAGCCCGGGAUGUCGUCGUGCGGCAGCCUGAGCGCCAUGCAGCGGCUGGUGGAGCAGCUGAAGCUGGAGGCGGCCGUGGAGAGGAUCAAGGUCUCUCAGGCAGCUGCAGAACUCCAGCAAUACUGUAUGCAAAAUGCCUGCAAAGAUGCCUUGCUUGUUGGGGUUCCUGCGGGGAGCAAUCCCUUUCGAGAGCCCCGAUCCUGUGCUGUACUCUAAAAUCAGGGAGGUCAAUGGAGAGUCGCCUUCAAGCAUGACACGAAUUACAACUGCCUUUCUUUCACAAGAAGAGCCUCUCCCCGUGUUCUAAGUUUUGUGUGGCUAAAGGAAAGUCCUAGAUAUUUAUCUGUUUGUUCUUGUGCAUCUGUCCUUCACUAUCUUUUGCUAGUGUUCUUAAAAGUUUUUAAUGUAACUCUUAUUCUUUUCCUAAUUGUCACCACUGCUACUACACUGUGCUAACUAUACAAAUAUGACUUCAGAAGUUUACAUUUUAGAAAAGAAAAACAUGGAUUUUUACCAAAUUACUUACUCCUGUCUUAGUGAACUGUUACACCAGAAGGAUACUAAAAUAUUUGUUUUUCCCAAAACAAAACAUCAAAAAAUUGAAUCAUUAUAAGUAUAAAACUUAAUGCUGUUAGUGCUGGGAAGUGUUCUCAGGAGGAAUUUUCUUCCAUUAGCAAGACUGGAGCCAAAUAAAUUUUUUUUCGAAAUGCAUCUAAGGAAACGUAUUAGGGACUUUUCCAAGUCCAUAAACAAGAGAGAUUAUAAACUGCUGGGCACAAUGUGUAGCACAGGCUUAAUUUGUAAGGCAUGUUUCUUAUGAGAUUUCUCACUGUAGUACUUCUAAUUUGUAUUUGUAAAAGUACUGCCAUGGUGGAAUUUCCUUGAUGUGUUAAAAAUGUGACCAAACAGACACUAAAAAUCCACAAACACCCAAAGAUAGUUGCAUGAAUAAUUGUCAGGUUUUGCAAUACAGAAAACUUAUUAAAAUGUGCGUGGUCAUUUGCUUUCAGUUUUUUAUAGAGCACUUUUAUGAGGACAACUAACUUUUUAAAUUUUGUGUACUUUCUAUUGUUUGUAUUAAUUUUUUAGAAGUUUGAAAAUAAAAUUCCUUUCCCUACUGGCUUUGAAUUAAUUGUUAUAUUGCAACAAAGAGCAAAUAUUGUAAGGAGGUUGAUUCUUUGAUUUUGCAUUGGGACGGGAGACCUCAAGCUGUUUUGCUUUUUGUGAAGCAAAGGUUCUUGGAUUUUUAGAAAAUGUGUCUUGUUAAUGGAAAAAUGCUAUUUCUAGCUAUUUGCCUUUUUUUGUAGUAAAUAGUAGCAAUGUUAUCAGGCUCACUUGUUCAUUUUGAAACUGUAAGGAAGAAGUUUGCAGUGUGAGUAUUUAUGCCCACACUGGAAUUCUAGAUGAAGCAUGGCUCUUACUUGCAGAAAGGUGAUCCAAGGCUCAGAUUGAGGUCAAAAUGCUUAUGUCUUGGAGGGAGAGGGAUGAGAGCGCAUCAAAUGCCUUUGAACCGCAAGCAUCUGGCUGCUGGCGAUUCCCUCCCAGACAAAUUCUUCCCAUUUCUUUUAAACAAAGAAACCCCCCCCCCCAGCUCUACAUCUGUUUCUCUCCCCAGCCACCCCUGCUGCAUACACUUGCCUGCUUAGCAUCCUCACUUGGAGCUUGGGUUCUGGAGUGGCUGGCAUAAAGAUCUGCCAAAUUACAGUGUUACAGAAGAGAGCAGCCCCUCGACUGCUGUGGUCUCUUGGCUGCCCUGCCCAGGUCCCUGUGGCAUCUUUCAGCUGGAGCACCACAGUCAGCCCGUGUCUGGGGAGCAGCGCUGCUGAUCUCAACUGCAUUCAUGUCUUGGAGCAGCAAUGCACAGGAAAAAAAGGCCUAUGCAGCAGUUGUGAGAUGGGUUGGGAGUGCUCCAUGCUGCUGUUCCUAUGAGUGUCCUGGUUAUUCUGCAGUGCCAUGGGAGGAAGAGGUUGGAUCCCAGUCUCUCCAGAGGACUGUGCUGCCCGCACCUCUUUGCUCUCGUGGCAGCGUGCAGCCGAGCUGCUGGGUACAAGCAGGAAGAGGGACGACAGCCAGUGCCACCUACGCCCUCCCAGGCAUAGUCUGAGACAAAACCCAGGUGUCGAAAUGAGCUCCAGAACAGGGUUGACUGGCAUCUCCCCUGUUCCUGUGGAGAGUCAGUGAUGAGGUGCACCGCUGCUGGGUAUUUUGUGUUGGCGAAUUGAAGCAGCCAGCAUCUCAGCAGACCAGCUUCUGCAGUUCUUAUCUUUUGAGGUAACCAGGGAACCUGACAAGUGAUCCUGGGCAGCCAUCUGCUUCCAUAGGCAGCCGAACAGGGUACCCCUUACUGCCCAGGCAACAGGACAAUGUCUCAUCUCCAGCUGCAGAUGCACCUGGGUUUCCACUGCUUUGCUGAACUAAGCACAGGGAUGACUUAGACUGGGACAAGUAUCACAUUUUGCUGCUCCUGCUUUAACAGGUAUAAUCUGCAGAGGAGUGGACAACAGUGGACAACAACCUCUUGGCUUCCUUGAUUACCAAGACCAUCUGAGAGGGCUGCCUGUGGAGGUCCCAACUCCACCCGCUGCACAGAGGCCUCAAACCAGUCUCAUGGCAGCAGGUUAAGUAAGCAAAUCAAGUGAGUGCACGUGUAUGUAGGCCAAGCGCCUCGCAUGAGCCACAAGGUCUUUUCUUGCUGCCAUCUGUCACUGUCCCUCAGCAAGGCUCCUCCCUCCCUUCAGGUGCCACCUGCCUGGCUGCGCAGCAUCUGACAGAUCUGAUGCAAGCACUGUGUCCCAACCUGCUGACAGAGGACUGGCGAUUACUUCUUUUGUAUUGCACAUUUUUGGCUGAUAAUUAGUUCCUUUCUAAUUCUUAGUUAUACAUGAAACAGAGGGGAAGAGGGGGGAGACAGUUGCGUGUGAUAAAUUUGUCACUGUGUGUGUAUCUGUGAGAGACUGAGAGUCAUAAACAAACACUACAAAAACCAACUGGUCAUUGCAAGCCCUUUUCCUUACUUUCCACUACAGUAAUUAACCGUACACUGGCAUUUUUUCUUCCUAAUGGAAACUCGAUGCAGACAGUACUUGAAUUUUCUUUACUUAUUUAAUGCAGGCGACAUGCUUUUGAUUUCAAAGUCAUCUAUAAAUUAUCUGAGUCAGUCUUCCGUGACUGUUCAUGUGGAAGUUUUGGUGCCAGCCUUUCCCUGUGGGGAAGGAGAACAUAAAUACAUUGUGGCAGCGGCAGCCACAAUUUCCUCCACUGCGGUCAUCUGUGACUGAGACUUUGUAGAGUGUCAGUCUUAAAAGAACAGACUUGUGGGCCUGGCAAUCUGGGAGACAGUUCUGAUAAACAGAGCCAAAACCAUGAAGCAAAAGGGAUGGAAAAUUGUUAGGUUAAGUGACCACAAAAAUGGGCCAGAAAUAAUAAGCAAACUGAAAUUUUUAUAAGUUUUUCUCUUACUCUGGGCAAAAUAGGUAAAAGGGCAGCUUGUUUGGAAUUCUACUAAGUCUUUUUAUGUUACACUUGAAUGAUUAUUUCUAAAUAAUUUCAAUUUGGGUACAAAUAAUUCGGGAAUAUUACUGUGAACUAAAAUUGUUAUUAGUGCUGUCAUCAUAGCUUUUAGGAAUUCUCAGCUAAAACUCCAUUUUCUCUGAGACCAAAGUUUUCUGCUAAUCCUUAGUGCUGGUUUUGUUUAUCCAAAUAGUGAAAUAUGCACUCAAUGAAGGCUCAAUGUCAAUGAAGUAUUUUACUGCAAGCAUAAACCAUAGACUUGGUGGUCAUCACCCCCUCGCCCUGAGAACCAAACCAUCUCAGCUGAAGGCCACUGAACAGACACUGACAGUCUGGAGCUGGCAGGCACAGCCACUCAAAUUGUGUGUGCAGUUACGCUCUGCCAUUGCUCCCAGAGUUUCCUUGCCAAAUCUUUUGGUGGAAAUUGAGGAUUCACGUAGCAUUCCACCCUCCCUCCUCUGCAGCUUGGAACUGAGAGGCUUUUUUUCCCCUUUAAUCUCUUGAUACAAUAUGUGGAAUAUUUUGAUUUAAGCUAAACUACAAUUUUGUCUCAGCAGUUGUGGUUUUUUGGAAGUUAGACAGAAUGCCUCUCUGAUAGCAUGUUUUGUUUAAAACUGUGUUUUCCAGACAUUGUUUGUUCCUUGAAGAUGAUAAUGCCUUGUGUUAAGUAUAAUCUGUGCUGAACAAUGCCUCUUCUGUACUCACCUCUGUUUGCAGAUUCUAAUUGCAGAUUUUCUGUCUGAUAGGCAAGGGUAGGCAGAGCUGGAGCCAGGUCCAAAUUAGCAAGAGUUUUGACUGUUGUCAAGUUCACAAUAACAUUAAAAUUAGACCUUGGAAAGUAACAGAAUGUGCAUAAGAUUUCUGUGGAAAUUUAUACGUCUGUGUGUAAGUGGGAAAUAUAUUCUGUUACCAGCUCUUGUCUCUUUGCACAUUAUUGAUGGAGAUCACUCCUGCAUGUUGGCCAGGCCAGAUAAAGGAUGCUUGAUUUCUAAAACUCCAA